CCAUAUUGAUUGAACUGGUGCGAACUGUACGUUUGUCUACUAUCACAGAAAAACAGGGUAUUUCCAAAGAAGGAUCAGACGUUCUAUUGUUUUUCCCCAUCACUUCAAAUAAUUAUGAGAGAAUCUGCUAAAUUUAGCUCAGAAAUACCCGAUGAUGUGUGGUUUACAAUUACAGUGUCCAAAGUGAAACUGAAAAUACGCUGCGCAGUUGGUUGAUGCUCAGCUAAGCAAGAAAGACGUGGACAUCACGAAGUCGUAUCAAAUUCUUGUGCUUUGCCUUUGUGGUCGGAAGUGGUGGGCCAAACCUUUUGGCCGCAUAAAUAGUAUUACUGGCAGCGGACAUCUCUUCUACAUUCAAAAUCAACUAGUUGCUCUUCAUCAAAGUCCACUGCCAAAGAGAAAUGGACGGCUACGUGCCUCAAGAUCAGCAGGGCAGCGAAACUCAGACGGUUGUCCCAGAACUGGGCUUGCACCAAAAUUACAAUCCUCUUCAAACGCAGUUGAUGAUGCAGCCUCCAACGUAUACUGAAGCGGCAGCGAUGGCUCAAUGGGUGCAACUGGGCAAUGGUCUGGUGCAGAAUCCUCAGCCCAUGCUCCAGAUGCCUCAAGCACAUCAGGUACCAGUCCCGGAGCUUUUGCCAAAUGUGACGACUUAUCCACAGACGGCGCAGGUGGCACAACAAGAGGAUUAUAUGAGGCCGAGCUUUCAGGUGACCUCUGACUUGAAUCCUCUUCAGCAACAGCAGCAGCAGCAGGAGCAGCAGCAGCUGUUGCAGCAGCUGCAGCAGCUGCAGCAGCUGCAGCAACAGCAACAGCAGCAGCAGCUGCUGGCACAAGUGUUGCAGGCACCGGCCAGCCAGUUGCCACCUCCACAGGAUGUCAAUCAUCCGCAGUUCCAGUCACCACCUUGCCAGGAUCAAGCUAAUCAAGUGACUUUCACCAUGGAUGAUUUGAACGCCCUUCUCAAUGGAAGCUCGGCGGCUGAUGUUACUGAAACGUCAUAUGAUUCUCUUCUUAGACAACUAGAAGCAGAUGGACAGCACACUGAUGGUCUACCACUUGGUGAUCCAAAUGAGUGCCCAAAUAAUCCAGGUGUUACCAUGGCGACAGCAGUUCCAACCAAUCCAGCUCCACCACUUGCUGGUUUCUCUAAUACCAUGGUAACAGCAUCAACCAAUCAGGUUGCUUUACCACGAAGCUCAGCAGCAGCUGCAGGAAUGCCAUUGGCGACCGUACCCGCCACCGUGAUGGCCAAUCACAUUUCGCAGUCCACGACAACCCGCGAGGCUCAGCUGAGCCCUUCAAACCCCCCCACGGAUGCUGCCAUGGGAACCACCAUGGCAGCCUCUCCCAUCUGCAACCCCACUAGCUCCACCUCAGAAACCAACGAGAAUCCUCCAGAGAAAACCAAGACCAAAAGGCCCAAGCCGAGAAAGCCUAAAAAAAACCGUCAGGCCGGCGCCAAGUCCAAGAAGGACGCUAACCAGUUGUCAUCACUGGAAACAGAUGCCAAGAAGACCAAAACCUCAGACAUUGUAGGAAUCGGUGAAGAGCCUGAUGCAAAGCAGCUCAAUAUCCAACUGUACUUCCAGUCGCAAGCGCUGCGGGAAUGCCCCCUGGAGGUCAACAGUCGCAACGGAUGUCUGGUGUUCCACAAGAAACCGUGGACUUUUGGAGACACCAGCCCUGAUGUCACCGAAAUCGAGUUCCCAGAACUGGACAAGAAAGUCAAACUGACGGAUAGUCAGGCAGAAGCCACAAGAAAGUUGUUGGAUGCACUGGCCAAAGGGAUUCACAUAUUUUACGACAAAGAUGGGGACAUCUGUGCCCGACGUUUUUGUCGGUCCCACGUCUACUGCUAUUCCACCAUGCCCAGCGAUGAAGGAUUUCAGCUUGUCAGCAAGCAAAAUAGCACCUCCUUGGACCACAAACAUAAACGCUACGUCAAGGAGUUGCCAAAAGACACAAUCGUGAAGGUCUUUGAUGAGAAAAAAUUCAAGGAAAGCCUCUUGGAUUGUUGUGUUAGUUGUAAACCCGACCAAAUCCCUCGCCCAGUCAUAUUUUUCACGAUUGGCCAGGACUGGGAACCGGAUAAGCCUGUUGCUAAUUGUCUGGUGUACCUUAAGGUCCUUCCAAAAUCGGCCCGGUAUAACCGAUGUGUUUUAAACGGAGGCAACCACGAAUCCUUUGAAUGUGACGAAGUGGUCUUGGCUAUGUCCGAUAUGAGUUUGUCCUCGAGCCAGGGUGGGCCUUCACAUGGUCCAAAUGGUCAACCAUUACCCAAAUGAGUUGUGUUGGCAAAAAUAAAAUAUAAAUGAUUUAAAAAAAAAAAAUGUAAAAAAAAAAAAAAAAAUGUAUUAAAAAAAAAAAAAAAAAAUGUAUAAAAAAAAAAAAAAAAAAAAAA